GUUGUUGUAAGCGGCGGCUGUGGCAGUUAUCCGAGAAUGCAGGAAAAUCGACGUAACAGUGUUCUUCGGGAGGUGAAGCUGAUUUGGCCGUCCGAGACAAAGACCUGAAAUGAACAGGAUACGAAUCCACGUUUUGCCCUCAAGUCGGAACCGCGUGACCCAGACGCCCCGACCUCAGGAGCCCCAGGCCUGCUCGUUCACCCAGCGACCCUGCUCUCAGCCACGACUCGAAGGCCUGGACUUCUGUAUCAAACACAUCCUGGAGGACAAGAAUGCGCCAUACAAGCAGUGCAGCUACGUCUCCGCCAAGAACGGCAAGCGGUGCCCCAACGCCGCUCCAAAGGCAGAGAGGAAAGAUGGGGUGACCUUCUGUGCAGAGCACGCUCGCAGGAACACCAUGGCUAUCCGAGCUCAGAUGAGAAGGGCUUCUUCUGGUCCAUCACCAGAGGCUCUGUUAUCUCAGCUUAGUGGGUACAGUCGAGCAGAGACGCACAGCCUCGAUGGAGGACGAUCUGAAGCUAGCCGCAUUCUAGAUGAAGACAGCCUGAGUGAGGAGGAGCAGGGACCCUUAGUACUAGACCAGACGUGGAGAGGAGACCCGGACAGUGAGGCCGACAGCAUUGAUAGUGACCACGAGGAUCCUCUGAAGUAAACAGCUGGAGUGUACACCGCAGAGGAAGUGGCGCACACACGAGAAAAACUUAUCAGACUCCAGUCCUCUACAUCGAUCAGUUCAAACGCCUGCAGCAACCUGCUGAAGGAGAAGAAGCGGAGAUACCUGCACAACCGCAAAAUGGAGCAUGAAACUAUAGGGAGCAGCCUCCUGACGGGGGCUGAAGGUCUUUCCAUGAAGGAGAGGGACAACCUGAAGAAGCUUAAAGCUCUGCGUCGAUACCGUCGCCGGUACGGAGUGGAGGCCCUGCUGCACCGGCAGCUGAGAGAGAGGAGGCAGGCUGUGACAGAAGGAGCCCCUCAGCCACACACAAGAACAGUGACUGAAAAAUGCACGUCCUUCAUGGAUGGAACCCGAUGUACCAAUCCCUGUCUGCCCAUGGCCCGACACUGUGUCUCUCAUAUCUACCAGGACAGCAAUCAGGUCCUUUUCAAAAUGUGUCCAGGGUUGAAAGAUGUUCCGUGUGACCGAACGGUGCACAUGGGUCAGUCCGAGGACCCCCGCUGCCCAUUGCACCUCACUCUGCCUCCACCCAUGUACCAGCCUGAGCAGGAGGCUCCGCCACAAGAUGAGUUCACCCCUGUGAGCAAAGACAUGUACCUGAGUGCAGCAGAGCUUCAGCCCACAGAGAACCUCCCCCUCGAGUUCAGUGAUGAUCUGGAUGUGGAAGGGGACGGUAUGCAGGGUCCUCCGUCCCCUCUGCAGUUUGAUACAGCCCUGGCCCUGGAGGACCAGACCAUCAGAGCCAUAGCUGAGGCCCCGAUGGACAUCCUGACUGGAGAGGACCCAGACCAGGUGGACCUUGAUACCUCAGGACAUGAACUCUCAGAAAGAGACGUGGAUGCCAUCAUGAACGAUCAGGUGGUGUCAGAGGAGGUUGGAGGUGGGGAAGACGCCACCGACAGCUCGCUCCAAGACAUCGACUCUGCUGCGCCCAGAUGAACCAGCAUUUCAAAGAAUGUUUACUGCUACCUGUUUAUAAUACCGCCCACAAUUAGGUACUGAAGAAAUACUCAGCUGGGGCUGAAAGCUGGAGUAGGCAAUGUGUUUUUGGAGUCAAUGUGCAAAAAUUACUUGAUAACCUUUCAGCUUAUUGUAAUUCAUGAGGGGAACUAGACUCAUGGACCAGACUCUUGUUUUCAGACUUUAGAAAAUCCAGCCUGAGACGAGAGACUUUGGCCAGUCUCAGGCCGUUUGAGUCGCGUAAAGAUGCAGGAAGUGAGAUGUGGUGGUGCCGUUUUCAACCGAGGGAGAAGGGUUUGAAUCGGGUGUAAAGCCAAAAAUCGGCAUCAUCAGUUUUUGUUUGUUUGUUUUUUCUUUUAAAGGUUUAUGCCUACUUCAGCUUCAAAUGUCAGUGCAGAGAAAGCAAAUGAUACUGUCGACCAGACAUCUUAGAGGAAUGCAGGAGUCAAGAAAACUUUAAGGGAAAAUGUUAUUGUGUGCAGUUUCAGUUAUAAACAUCAUUGUGAUGUGCACUCACACUGAACACACACACUUGUUUCUGUUUGCCUGAUUUGAAAUAAAGAUGAGAAAAGAAAUGGUUAA